UAGGGGACUGACCAGACACAGUACAGGGGAUGACCAGAGACUGUGGACACAGUACAGGGGAUGACCAGAGACUGCAGGCACAGCACAGGAGAUGACCAGAGACUGCGGACACAGUACAGGGGAUGACCAAGAGACUGCAGACACAGUACAGAAGAUGACCAGAGACUGCGGACACAGUACAGGGGAUGACCAGAGACUGCGAAGACAGUACAGGAGAUGACCAGAGACUGCGGACAGUACAGGAGAUGACCAGAGUCUGCGGACACAGUACAGGAGAUGACCAGAGACUGUGGACACAGUACAGGAGAUGGACCAGAGACUGCGGACACAGUACAGGAGAUGGACCAGAGACUGCGGACACAGUACAGGAGAUGGACCAGAGACUGCGGACACAGUACAGGAGAUGACCAGAGACUGCGGACACAGUACAGGGAAUGACCAGAGACUGCGGACACAGUACAGG